AUGGACAACUAUAUGUUCCGCGAACAUGUUAGCGAAUGCCGCCAGGUCUCGGAGAAAACGCACUAUGUUGAGAUUUUCAACUACUCGGAUCCUUUAUAUGACUCGUCCGAGGAGCACCCCCUGACUAUGGACGAAUUUGAUAACUUCCUCUAUCGACGGGGCGCGUUUGAACCAGCAAGGAUGAAGGAGGGUGUUAAACUACUUAAUGGUGUUCGAUUAAUACUCCAAAAGAACGCUGAGCACGCGGAUACGUUUGCAGGGCACACGAUUUCCUUUACGGCAGAAGCCUAUGAGUCCAUGGUCCGCGCUAUGAGACUGCCCUUGAAAGCGGUUGAGGGCACUAACAUCGUUGGGCCGUUCUUCUGGUGUGCUUACGACCAGGAUGAUGAGGAUCCCACUCUACAGAUCAUCUUCCGCAAGUCCGACGUCCGCAAAAAGGGCAAGACGCGCGGGUGGGAGAUUAUGCUCUCGCACUGCUUCAGCAAUGGCAUUACAUCGGGCUACGUCAAGGGCACGCCAAGCUCCAACAUCGUCCUUGCGAUUCGACAACUGGAGCAUUGCGUGCAGCAGGUGGUCCAUCCGAUGCUCCUGCCCAUCAUUAUCCUCUCGCACGAACUCUCAUCGCAAAACGACCUGAAGCAGCGCGAAGCCCGCGACUGGCUGCGCAAGCUUGAGCACGCCAUCAGCAUGCGCAAUGAUAUUGAACGUGAUGAAUACAUUGAUGGAGAAGGCUACCUUGAGGUAGAAGCUAUCAGCCGCGAUCUUGGUGAAUUGCAUGGUCAGGUCCUCUGGAAACGGCCACAGGCCUACCUUGAAAUCAUUAAGGAGAUGGAGGCCGGGAUGGAUAGGUUCAAGGUCAAGUUACCCCAGGAGAACAGGUCGCCGGUCCUGGAUAAGCUUCACCGGAGCUUGGUUUCCAGGUUAGACUUUUACAGACUCAAGCUCAAGGGGAUUGAGGUAUACCAGGCGACAACGAUAGAGAGGCUCAACAUCCAGCGGGGUGCGGACAGCACAGCGAUGAAGGCCAUCGCGCUGCUCGGCGCCCUUUUUCUUCCUGGGACCUUUGUAGCGUCUGUCUUUAGUAUGUCAUUCUUCGAUUUUGGAAGGGAUGCGAAUCCGGCCAUUUCUCAACAGCUGUGGGUUUACUUUGCCAUUUCCAUCCCCCUAACAAUCGUCAUCGUUUGUGGGUGGGUCAUGUUUGACAGGCGUCGCAAGGAGUGGUUUGCCUCUGAGGAAGUCGACGUUGAGAAAAGCAUCGAGCACAUGAGAAUGGGUGUCAUGACCAUAUCAUGGAGUCAACAGUAA